CUGCCCGGCCGCGGCUCCGCGGGGCCGCCCUGACGGGGCCGGGGCACGGCGGCUCCUUCCGCCGGGAGCGGCGGCGGGAGAGGCAGAUAUGGCCAUGCCCAGUUCCCUUUUGUGGGCUGUUGACAUUUUUGGGAGGGUUUACACCCUGUCUACUGUUGGCCAGUACUGGGAGCUCUGUAAGGACACACAGCUGGAAUUCAAACGAGUGUCUGCUGUCAAACAGUGCUGCUGGGGAAUAGCCUGUGAUCACCAGGUGUACACCUACGUGUUCUCAGGGGAUGUUCCUAUUAGGUACCAGGAGGAAACCUAUGAGAACCAGCGCUGGAAUCCGGUUGGUGGCUUUUGUGAGAAAUUACUGCCCAGUGACCGCUGGCAGUGGAGUGAUGUGAGCGGGCUAAAACAUCAGCAGCUCGAUAGUUUCACACUGCCUUCUCCACACUGGGAGUGGGAGUCUGACUGGUAUGUGGAUGAAAAUAUUGGAGGGGAACCAACAGAGAAAGGGGGCUGGACUUACGCCAUAGACUUCCCCAGCACCUACACAAAGGAUAAGAAAUGGAAUUCCUGUGUCCGGCGCAGGCGGUGGAUCAGAUACAGGAGAUACAAAUCACGGGACGUUUGGGCAAAGAUCGUGUCACAUGAUGAUCCAGAGCAGCUGCCAGACCCUUUCAAUGACAUCUCCAUCGGAGGGUGGGAAAUCACCGACGAGCCUCUCGGCCGCUUGUCAGUGUGGGCAGUUUCUUUACAAGGAAGGGUAUGGUACAGAGAAAAUGUCUGCCACCACAAUCCAGAAGGUUCCACGUGGUCCUUAAUCACCACUCCUGGUGAAGUUGUACAGAUCAGCUGUGGACCCUAUGACCUCCUUUGGGCAACUCUUUGGGAAGGGCAAGCUAUUGUGAGAGAAGGAAUUGAUAGGAAUAACCCUCAAGGAAUGUCCUGGAGUAUUGUGGAGUCCCCAAGCUCUGAAAAUGGGAUUAUGCACGUCUCUGUGGGUGUUGAUGUGGUGUGGUGUGUUACAAAGGAUAGAAAAGUGUGGUUUAGAAGAGGAGUGAACUCACAUAAUCCUUGUGGGACAAGCUGGAUUGAAAUGGUUGGAGAAAUGAUGAUGGUAACUGUAGGCUUAAAUAACCAGGUCUGGGGAAUUGGCUGUGAUGACAGAGCCAUUUAUUUUCGUCAAGGUGUCACACCAAGUGAGCUCAGUGGGAAGACAUGGAAGGCAAUUGUGUCUGGCCGAGAGAGCGACAGAUCUCAGACCGGGAGCUCAACAAGUCUGCUCAGUGCUGGCUGUUUCUUUACUGAUGAUAUUCAGACCCAAACAAAUGCCAUCAUUCAGGGUGAUGCAGACACUUCCUCUGACACAGAGCUUCCCAGCGUGCCCAUGAACCCCACCAGCGCUGUCCCCAUGGGAGCUGCAUCCAGCAGCAGUGGGAACGGCACAGGCAGCCAGGCAGAAAUACCUGCAAACCUCCCUGUGGAUCCUCUGGACUCUGAGCAAGGAGAAGCCACUGCUGCUUCAACAAGCCAUGAGAAAGCUGAUCUUGAAAUGAAUAAAUCUGCUGCGAGCCCAAAUCCUUCUGCAGAGCUGCAGUGGACAAACAUUGACUUGAAGGAGGCCCAGAAGCACCCAGUGAUCUCCGUCAGCAGCUUUGGGGACACAUCCAGCCUGUCCUCCCUGGGCGUGUUCCCGGCGGGAGCUGAGGAGCAGUACGGGGCUGAUGAGCACCCACUGUGGGCCUGGGUGUCUGGGGGAGGCUGCCUGGUGGAUCUGCACAGCCCACUGAAGUGGUUCACUGCUCCAUCAGGUCUGUCAUCCUCUGUGCAGUCCCUGUCCCUGUCCAUCACUCCAGCUCAGACAGCAGCCUGGAGGAAGCAGAUUUUCCAGCAGCUCAGUGAAAGGACAAAGCGGGAACUGGAGAAUUUCAGGCACUACGAGCAGGCUAUUGAGCAGUCAGUUUGGGUUAAAACUGGAGCCUUGCAAUGGUGGAGGAAUUGGAAGCCUCAUAAAUGGAUGGAUGUUCGAGUGGCCCUUGAGCAGUUCACGGGGAGCGAUGGAAUGCGCGACAGCAUCCUGUUCAUCUACUACAUGUACCACGAGGAGAAAAAGUACAUCCACGUGUUCCUGAAUGAAGUGACUAUUAUAGUUGAAGUGCUGAAUGAAGCCAAACACUCCUUUGCACUGUACACACCUGAGAGGACAAAGCAGCGAUGGCCAAUCCGCCUGGCAGCCACAACAGAGCAAGAAAUGCAUGACUGGCUGUCUUUGCUGACCAUGUCCUGCUGUGAAAGCAGACGGAUUCAGGGCCCUCCUUCUCACCAUGCCAUUUGGUCUGUUACCUGUAAAGGAGACAUCUUUGUUAGUGAGCCAAGUCCUGAGCUGGAGGCCGGACCACAGCUGAUGCCCUGUGAUCAAAUGUUUUGGCGCCAGGUCGGGGGUCACCUGCGGCUGAUCGAGUGCAACAACCGCGGCGUCGUGUGGGGCAUCGGCCACGACCACACGGCCUGGGUGCACACGGGGGGCUACGGAGGGGGCUUCAUCCAAGGACUGGCCAGUAGUGCUGAUAACAUUUAUACACAGUCAGAUGUGAAAUGUGUUUACAUCUAUGAGAACCAACGGUGGAACCCAGUCACUGGAUACAGCAGCAGAGGGCUGCCCACAGACAGAUACAUGUGGAGUGAUGCAUCUGGCCUGCAGGAGUGUACAAAGAUCAACACCAAGCCUCCUUCUCCACAGUGGUCUUGGGUAUCAGAUUGGUACAUUGACUUCAACGUGUCGGGCGGGACGGACCGGGAGGGCUGGCAGUAUGCAGCAGACUUCCCAGCGUCCUACCAUGGUCACAAGACAAUGAAAGACUUUGUCCGACGGAGGCGCUGGGCAAGAAAAUGUAAGAUAGUCACCAACGGGCCAUGGCUGGAAGUGCCUCCUGUUACCCUGUGGGACAUCUCCGUAAUUCCCAGUUCAGAUGCAGAUGAUGAAGAAGCAGUAGCACUGUGGGCAAUCAGUGACAAAGGAGACGUGCUCUGCAGGCUUGGAGUGACACAGCAAAAUCCAGCUGGAAUGUCCUGGCUGCACGUGGGAACAGACCAGCCCUUCAUUUCCAUCUCAAUUGGGGCAUUUUACCAAGUGUGGGCAAUUGCUAGAGAUGGUUCUGCCUUCUACCGGGGUUCAGUGUCUCCCAAUAAACCUGCAGGUGACUGUUGGUACCAUAUUCCUUCACCUCAAAAACAAAAGUUAAAGCAAGUCUCAGUAGGACGAACAUCUGUGUUUGUCUUGGAUACAAAUGGGAAUCUUUGGUACCGGCAGGGAAUCACACCGAGCUACCCCCAGGGAUCUGCUUGGGAUCACGUGUCAAAUAACAUCCGGAAAAUGUCCGUAGGGCCCCUGGACCAGGUCUGGGUGAUUGCUGACAAAGUGCAGGGAAGUCACAGUCUGAGCUGUGGGACAGUCUGCCAUCGGAUUGGUGUCCAGCCCCUGGAACCUAAAGGCCUCUCCUGGGAUUAUGGCAUUGGGGGUGGGUGGGAGCACAUCACAGUCAGAGGAAAUGCAACAGAAGCAUCUCGGGCCACUGGUCAUGACACCUCUGAGGAAAACCUUGCAGUGUCAAAGGAUUUAGAAGAUGAGGAGAGUAAAGGGAAAACAGAACACUCUAAAACCCCUCUGAUGGUCAGUGAAAGUCAAGAAUUGGACAGGAAUGCUGUUAAUUGUUAAGAGGUCGCCAUCUACAUGUUGCAAACAGGCACAGUCAGUAUAAGUUGAAAAGAAGCUAAAUGUCUAUUGCUUGGAGAGAAACACAUGACCUUUUUGUGCUACUAAUGUGUUUGACUGAACUGGACUUUGCAAUGGGGUAUUUUAAGUACUGAAUUCUUCUACUAUAUCAUGUGUAAAACAUGACUUGAUAGAGCUCAUAGUUUUGUCAAAGCAGGCAAGGUUUUUUUAACCAUAAUGUAUUUCUGACCCUUUACCAUAGCUGCUACACCCCAUACAAAUGUGAAUAUCUGCAGAUGAUCACAUUAACUUCUUUUUUUUUUUAAAUAUUACAGUUCCCUUCAUUUCUCUCAUAUUCACACACUGUUCUUCAGAUUCAUGUUUGAGCCUAGAUGAUGUUGGAUUGAUUUAAAUGAAGGCAAACAUACCUGGUCCUGUUUUGUACCUGCACAGAGCUCUGCUCCUGUGGGUGCUCCCUGGGUAAGAACUGAGCUUGGGUUCCUGCUCCCAUCAGUAAAAUCAAAUCCUGAACAACUCAGCGUGGGGGGCAGUUACCAGGAAGGGCCAAUUUGGGCUGUUUUUGCUCACAGUGAGCAAUAUCUCACUCGAGAAGUAGAACCACUGCUUUCAGCCAGACUGGGUAGGGAGCAGAGUCCAGCAGUGACAUCUGUUCUGAACUGUCACUCCAAAGGGGGGGUAAAUUAUGUUUUGUCUUUAUCUUAACUGGAACUGUGAUAACUGGGGUGUACAGAUGCCUCCCUAAAGGGGCUGGAAGGCACCAGACACUUGAGGAGUUAGGCUGUGUUCCAGAUCAUUGCAAAUUAUGCUUUCAUAGUGUAAAACUCAAGAGAAAAGCUUAAAUUCUGACUUUACAGUGCAAAGGGACUUCACUGCUAUCAGUGGAGUUUGCCAGUGUAAUACUGAUGGGGGUUCAGAAUGAAGCUCUGCUCUUUGGUUUUAGUAAGUGAUUUACUCAUCCCUUUUUCCAACAAGAAACCACCUUCUAUUCUCAAAAAAAAGCUUUUCUUCCCCAGUUACUUAUUAUAAUUGGACAGUUUACAUUCAUUUUUCCUCUGUGUGUGUGACUAUAUGGAGUUAUUUUUAUAUGAUGAGCAGUUUGGUGUGGUCUCAGUACUGUAUUUGUAGAAGUAAAACUUAUGUUUGCACGUAUUUAAGGAAUAUAUUUGGUAUUUAAUGCCAAGGAAAGCACUGUUUCCAAGUCCAAAUGUGAAUGAAGACUGAAGAUGCUUAACUGUUUCAAAAGAACCUGUUGAUCUUUCCAGUAUGUGAGUAGAGAUUUCGGAUUUAUACCUACCUUGUGGGAGAAUCAUAAAUAACAUGUUUGCAUUAAUUACCAUUAUAGGUUUUGCAUAACUUGCACAGUAUCUUGUCCAAAUAAAUAACUUUAUUACAUGUAUUUUUAGAGAAUUAUUAGGAUUGUAUUUUCUCUGCAUUGUAUCCAAAAGAUUUUUCCUUUUAAUAGUCAGUGUUUACAUAUCCAACAAUCAACCUGAUUGCACACAAUAAGCUUGAUAAUGUACCUUUGCAUUUUUCCCUACAUUGCCAAGUUUUACUUACUUUACUGUAAAUAGUUGGGUUUAAGUGAAAAAAAAAAAAAGAUAAAUUAUAAGUUGGUUGUGUUUGAGUACUAAGUAUUUGCCUUCUAAAAUGAUUAUUUAGAAAAAUUAUUUAAUUUAAAAUAUAAUGUCAUUGUUGUGGCUAGUUAAAAUAAGGAAAAGUGUCUUUAAAUUAAAGCAAUUUUGAAAAAUAAAAGUAAUUUAUC